UGUCGGCCCAGGCUCAGAUGAGAGCUUUGCUGGAUCAGCUGAUGGGAACGUCGAGGGAUGGUUCAGUGUAUGUUUGCCAGCCUACAUCUGCAAGGGAGUUGCAGAAAAGCCUCAUGUUCAUCGAGCCGUUUGGGCAAGAAAAGCUUUUCCCUUUAAACUUUUAGAGGCUUGGACCGCAGGAGGGGUUCUGAAUGGGAGAGACCUCGCAGUGUGUAUCAAUUAACCUUUCACUUUAGUUUUCAAUGUUUUAUUUCAACUUGGACAGCUUUGGUUUAAUAUGCACAUUAGAUUAUGCAGCAUUUCUCUAUGUACUCAUGAGGGAUAGUGCUAUUACAGAGUACAAGAUGGUUCUCUGAAACAUAACAUCCCUCUCUGAUCUGCUAUCCCAUUUUGCAUCUUUGCACUCAAAUUGGCAGUUAUAAAACCAUAGAUGCAUUAUGCAAACUAGGGCUGGGUGAUAUUAGAUGUGUUUUUUCUUUCAGCUUUACAGUGUUCAGCAACUUCCAAAACAUUAGUGUUUCUGUUUAAAGUUUACAUUUUGCAAACAUUCUUUCUCAUGUAUUGAUUGAUUUUGUAAUAAAAUGCAAUGUAUUUUGUUUUAUUAUGCUUGUUAUAUUGGUGCAUAUAAAUUGUAAUUAUUUCUAAAUAAAUAAUUUUUUAACUAGAUUAUACCUUAAAAGGCAGAUAAAUAUCAAGAUAUGUUUUUUAGCUCUAUCACCCAGUUCUUAUUCUCACUGUAGAAAACCUCAAUCCAUUUAAAUUGUGGCUGUUUAGAAUAAAUGCCUAAUAAUAAUAGCAGGGACUGUUAGCCUCUUGGUUUGGUCCGUGAUCAGACGCUGCCUUUUUAUUUUUAGACAUUCACAUUAAGGAGCCAGAUAAAGAAACCGGCCUUGGGUCAGUGGAAGUUAAAUGUCUCCAAUCUUUAUUUUCUUGUGUAGCACAGAUUAUAUCUGACACUGUCAAACACACGCUGUCCGCACUCACUAUGAUUUCACCGCAGUGACAGGCAGGUCUGUGACCCUUGGCCGCAGAGUUAGCAGUGUGUAGUGGACGCAGUGUGUGUGUGUGAGAGAGAUGCGUGCGAGUGUGUGUGGCCUCAUUCAAUGUCUAUUAUGUGCUGUGUCCUUACAGGAGAUGAGUCGAGACAGCGGGUUAAAUUCACAGAUGAGCGCGUCUGCAAAUCGCACCUGCUCAACUGCUGCCCGCAUGACAUCCUCUCUGGAACGCGCAUGGACCUUGGCGAAUGCUCUAAGAUCCAUGACCUGGCGCUGAGAGCAGACUAUGAGAUUGCGUCUAAAGAGAGAGACCUGUUCUUUGAGCUGGAUGCGGUGGAUCACCUGGAGUCGUUUAUUGUCGACUGUGACCGCAGGACUGAGUUAGCCAAGAAGCGUCUUGCUGAGACACAAGAAGAGAUCAGUGCUGAGGUGGCUGCAAAGGCAGAAAAGGUUCACGAGUUGAACGAGGAGAUUGGGAAGCUGCUGGCAAAGGCUGAACAGCUCGGCGCUGAGGGAAAUGUGGACGAAGCCCAGACAGUUUUACAGGAGGUUGAGAAAGUCCGAACUAAAAAGAAGGAUGCAGAGGAAGAGUACAGGAACUCUAUGCCCGCAUCUAGUUUCCAGCAGCAGAAGUUGCGCGUCUGUGAGGUUUGCUCCGCCUACCUGGGUCUCCAUGAUAACGACCGGCGUCUCGCUGACCACUUUGGUGGCAAACUGCACCUGGGCUUCAUCCAGAUCAGAGAGAAGCUGGAACAGCUGAAGAAAACCGUGCAGGACAAACAAGAGAGGCGGAACCAGGAGCGACUGAGGAGGAGGGAAGAGCGGGAGAGAGAGGAGAGAAUGAAAAAACGGACCAAGUCGCGCAGCCGAGAACGCAAGAGGUCACGUUCUCGUGACCGUGAGCGUGAUCGAGAGCGCAGACGCCGACGUUCCCGCUCCGCAUCACGAGAGAAGCGCCGUUCCCGUUCUCGCUCCAAAGAGCGUGAAAGACGCCGACGACACCGAUCUCGAUCCAGAUCUCGCUCGCGGCACAGCCGAGAACACUCACACAAGUCUUCACGGGACCGUGAUCGCGAGAGGGACAGCAAGCGCAGUUCAUCCGAGCGGAGAUCAGACGGGCUGAACGGGAGGACAGAGUCUCGCCGUCACGAUGACAGAGAGGCUGGAGAGAUCUGAAUCAUCUCACUCUACCAUAACAAACACAACGCGCUCUCAUACAUAUACCCACUUUUUUUAUUUAUCAUGUUUGCUUGGUCCGUAGUAAACUGCCCACGCCCUGUUUCAUUACAGUCUUUGUAGUCUUUAAUAUCUCAGUCCAGUCAGACUUAACCCUGUCGGAUUCACUGUCAAAUGUUGAAAUGACAAUUGUGUGUGUGGAGUUUUGUUUUUUUUGUUUCUUCUCAAAGUAUGUACUGCCACUUUUUUUUCGCCCCUUCAUAAUGAAUGUUAUUUUUUGGGAUUGGAUUUUUAUUUUGUACUGUUUGUCCUGAGUGAAUGUGUGCAUGUUUUGCUGAAAGCUGUUCUGAGGUCAGGUUUUUUUUUUUAAAUAUAGCUGCAGUAUUUCCCCAUAGAGACCGAAAGAGACUCUCUUUGUAUCUGUAGCAGAGGUGUAGGAGUUUAAUAAAUUUAAACAAGUGAAUCCGUCAUGGCAUAUUGUUUCAGAUUUACUAUGUACAUCUUUUAUAAGGCUGUUAUGAUUUCAUGUUGUCCUUAUCAAAGUGCAUUAAAUGGUUUUAUGAUAUUAAA